AUGACGGACACGCUGUUGCGCGAGGCGUGGGAAUGCAGGCACCUGAUCCACGUGCGCGUGCCGUCCCGUUACUACGCAACCGCACAUCUGUCCAUGAUGAGCCAGCAAUCCCAACGCCUCAUCUUUCACACUAGCUUACUACAUAGUAUACUUAACAACUCCAGCGGCGGUAUACUGCUUAGUACGGACCCGGAGGGCACACUGCCUCCCCGUGGGGGUCGCGAGGGGCGAGGGCUGAGAGCGGGGUGGCUCAACGCUCUCUGCUCUCUCGCCCUGCGCUUCUGUUGCCCCCUCCGCCGCUCUUCUCCUCCCCCUGUCCCACUCAUCUGCCCCUCUCCACCACCCCAAGCAGCCCUCCUCUGCUCCCCUUCACUGGCCACCACACCGUGGUGCGUGUGCAGCAUGGAGUCGGAGCGUGACCUGGACCAGCCGGAACAACGGGAGCGGGCCGAGCCAUUAAGUAGCAUGGAGCGCGCCAUCGUGCAGAACACCUGGGCACGUGUGUAUGGGAGCUGUGAGGACGUGGGCGUGGCCGUGCUAAUCAGGUUCUUUGUGAACUUUCCAUCAGCGAAGCAGUACUUUAGUCAGUUUCGUGACAUGGAUGACCCUGAGGAGAUGGAGAAAAGCUCCCAGCUGAGGAAGCACGCAUGUCGCGUCAUGAACGCCAUCAACACAGUAGUGGAGAACCUCCAUGACUCAGAAAAAGUGUCGUCUGUGCUGGAGCUGGUAGGCAAAGCUCACGCUGUCAAACACAAAGUGGAGCCCAUGUACUUUAAGAUUCUGAGUGGUGUGAUUCUGGAGGUCCUGUCUGAGGACUUGGGUGACUGUUUCACCACUGAGGUACAGACUGCCUGGACCAAACUCAUGGCACUGCUUUACUGGCACAUCACUGGAGCAUACCAAGAGGUGGGCUGGGUCAAACUGUCCAGCUCAGCUGUCUAAAGAACCAAGAAAGUGCAUUUCCAUCUACACAUUCUAAAGAGAAGCUUUAUUUAUUCAUUGUUUGUUUUACUGCCGUUUUAUCUUG